GAGACUUCUACGAGAUGCAAAUAGCAGCGAUAAAGCUGCGAAGAAAGGACCCGAAGCUAAUAACAAAGCGGGAACUGUCAUAAUACUUAAUGUUGUAUAAGUGUAUGAAUUAUAACGCUUUUGUAAGCUGCGUAACAGAUGAUGGAUUUGACGUGUAAAAUCGUGUUGCUUGCUUUGAUCACAGCUCAGUGUGCUCGCGCAUCACCGCCGAAUUUUGUGCUGCUUUUCGCCGAUGAUUUGGGUUACGGUGAUCUGGGGUGUUUUGGACACCCGAGCUCUCUCACUCCGAAUCUAGACAGACUAGCGGCGAAAGGGCUGCGUUUUACCGACUUCUACGUCACGAGUCCCGUGUGCAGCCCCUCCAGGGCAGCCUUGCUGACAGGUCGCUUCCAGACUCGUUCCGGCAUCUAUCCGGGUGUGCUCUAUCCGGGCUCAAGAGGGGGUCUCCCACUCAACGAGACCACUAUCGCAGAGGUCCUGAAGGCUCAGGGUUACACAACAGCCAUGAUCGGAAAAUGGCACCUGGGCGUUGGACUUAAUGGCACUUUCCUACCCACCAGACAGGGCUUUGACAAUUAUCUUGGAAUCCCAUACUCGCAUGACCAGGGUCCCUGUCAGAAUCUCACCUGCUUUCCUCCAAAUGUGAAGUGCUAUGGCCUCUGUGAUCAGGGUGUGGUAACUGUGCCUCUCAUGUUUAAUGAGAUUAUCAAGCAGCAGCCCGCAGAUUUCCUGCAGCUUGAGAAGGCCUACAGCGAAUUUGCGUCUCAGUUCAUUAAUGAUGCCAUCCUAAAUAAGAGCCCCUUCUUCUUGUACUAUCCUUCACAUCACACACACUACCCUCAGUAUGCAGGUGCGGACUAUGCAGGUAAGUCAUCCCGUGGGCCGUUCGGUGAUGCUUUGAUGGAGUUUGAUGGCACAGUGGGGAAGAUUCUGCAAACUCUGGAGGAGACAGGUGUGAUCAACAAUACUCUCAUCUUCUUCACUGGUGACAACGGGCCAGAGCUAAUGCGGAAGUCGCGUGGGGGAAACGCAGGACUGAUGAAAUGUGGCAAAGGCACGACUUACGAAGGAGGAAUGAGAGAGCCGGCCAUCGCAUAUUGGCCUGGAUUCAUUCAACCAGGUGUCACCCGUGCUCUGGCCAGCUCUUUGGACAUUCUGCCCACCUUUGCCAAACUGGCUGGGGCUCCAUUACCCGAGGUGCAGCUGGACGGGGUGGACAUGAUAGACAUCCUGUUCAAUAAAGGACCGAGUAAAAGACAGACCAUGUUUUACUACCCCACUGAUCCAAGUAAGAAGUAUAGCGUGUUUGCAGUGAGAUGGAAAAAUUUCAAAGCCCAUUACUAUACACGGGGCGCAGCUCACAGUGAGACCACCCCAGACAACAACUGCUCAUUACUGGCAUUCCUCAAGUAUCAUGAUCCUCCUUUACUAUUUAACCUGGAGGCAGACCCCUCAGAAAAUUAUAACCUUGAUGGUACUGAAUGGGACCCUGUGCUCAAGCAAAUUCAGACCAUCAAGGAGCAGUUUGAGGCUUCUAUGGUGUUUGGUGAAAGUCAGAUUGCCAAAGGGAAAGACUCUGCACUCGAGCCCUGCUGCACUCCAAAUUGCACCCCUAAACCCGAAUGCUGCCGCUGCACUUAAGCACUUUAAUGGAAAGCGGCAGCCAGCCGGAACACUGUCGAAUCCCAGCACGACCACGAAAAUAUGAUUUUAUAAUAGAUUUUUUUAGGUAAUAUGUAAUCUGAUUUUAUAAAAUUGGUAUCAAAAAAAGUAUAUCAGCUGGUGUGGGUGAUAUACCAGCUGGUAUACCAGGCCUGCAAGAACAGGUUUGGCGAAGUGACCUCCAUCCAGAGGACUGACCAAA